AUGACAGCUAUUCGGACUGAAGAUUCACAGCUCUUCCUCUCCGUCCCAGCUUUAAACCAUGCUGCGUCUUAUCUGGCCCAAAGAGCUUCAUAUCUUACCCAGUGUCUCCCAGUAUCUGGUUACACAGGUAUUUCUGAGGAAGGACAAGAGCUAACGACGCUGCCACCUGCACCGACCCCUGGUGGAUCUUUUCAGGCUUCUUCUCAACAGUCAGCUGACUCAUCUGGUGAAAUAGAUUAUAGUGGGAGUUCAUCUCAGGAAAUCACAGGACAGAUAGCACCUUUGCGUGUCUUCCAGAAUGGAGCUUCGCUGUUUCAAGGUCUUGUAGAGAGUGCUCGGAAAACGGUUCGUGGCUCAGCAGAUGAUAUUGGAUGGCUUCAGCGGGAUCAAAGCUUACCUCCAACUGAGGAUGGAACAACCAGAUUCUUAGAAAUUCUUGACUCUGUGAGAAAAAAUGAACAUAAGCUGCCUGAUUCAGUGGUCUAUUUGUUGGUUCCAGGUUUGUUUAGUAAACAUGGACCUCUUUACUUCGUCAAGACAAAAUCAUACUUCUCCAAGAUGGGUCUUGCUUGUCAUAUUGCCAAGAUCCACAGUGAGUCUUCAGUAAGUAAAAAUGCAAGUGAGAUAAAAGAGUACAUAGAAGAAAUAUACUGGGGAUCAAAGAAGCGUGUUCUACUUCUUGGUCAUAGCAAGGGUGGUGUAGAUGCAGCAGCAGCACUCUCCAUUUACUGGCCACAGUUGGAGGACAAGGUUGCAGGCUUGGCUUUAGCUCAAAGCCCAUAUGGAGGAAGCCCAGUUGCUUCAGAUAUCUUACGAGAAGGCCAGCUUGGUGACUAUGUCAGGUUACGUAAACUCAUGGAGAUUUUGGUAUCCAAAGUCCUUAAGGGCGAUCUUCAGGCUCUGGAAGAUCUGACAUAUGAGAAGAGGAAAGCAUUCCUGCAGCAGAAUCCAUUGCCUCCUGAGAUUCUCAUUGUCUCAUUCCACACAGAGGCAAGCAUCACCCCCAGUGUGGUCACAGCCCUCUCUCAUGUUGCACACUUGGAGCUCCCAGCUGCAGCUGAUGGGAAUCCUACCAGGAUCCCAGUUGUAAUGCCACUUUCAGCUGCAAUGGCAGCAUGCUCACAACUGCUGGUAGCAAGGUAUGGUGAGAAGAGUGAUGGUCUUGUGACAAGGAAGGAUGCUGAAGUUCCUGGAUCAGUGGUGGUCCACCCAGAGCGGAAGUUAGACCAUGCGUGGAUGGUUUAUUCCUCACUGAAAGAGGAACCUAGGGAUCAGGCAGACACAUCGCAGGUAUGUGAAGCCCUGCUGACUCUGCUUGUUGAGGUUGCUCAGAAACGGAGGCAUGAGAUGGCAAUGAAAGAUGAAUAAAAAUGUUAGUGUUGCCCUGAUAGAUAUUUGUAAUCAUAGACUUCUGUUGUUGGAUGUACAGAGUUGUGUGCUUGUGUCCAAACUCAUCUUGAAACUGCUUCUGGGCCACCUUUUUGUUUGGUUUGCAGAAGCUUAUGAACAGUUUUUACAU